AUUUGCAUAUACGCGAAGACAGUAGAUUGGGAGUAGACCGUGAGCAUAGGACAGCACAGGAAAACCGGCCGAAGCUACCAAAGACUGAGCUAGUGCGCACGACGCCAUUGCUGCUGGAGUUCCCACCCCCGAUCGCUAUCCCACUCACGAGCACAAGACUAGAGAAUGACCUGAGAUAUAAAGAGGACAUGGAAAGAUUUCUGCAGGAAAAGGUUGAGCUCGAAAAGUGGAGGAAUAAACAACAACAGAAGGAGAAAAUUAAACGAAAGGAGCAGCUGUCGCAUCGGCAGCCGGUACUGUUGGAUGGCUCCCAGUCCAGUGUAGGGCCUCCAACAGAAAACAAGAAGAAGAAGCACAGACGACAUACUCAUCAUCGGAGGCAUCACAGACCAGACACACUCUCUGUUUCCCCGCCUCUGACUGCACAGCCGGGCAUAACUACACCGAAGACUCUGCCAGAUGCAGAGAAACUGUAUGAUGCUCUUCAUAGGAUGCACGACUUACUAGAUGAGGCCUUUUCUCUCCCUAACUUCAAACAACGCAG